AUGAGCUCAUUCUACAGACCUUCGACAAGAACCGCCGCGCGAGCUGCCAUGGCCAAGCUCACCCGCGCUGAGCGUGCGGCUCGUGAGGAGAGCGAUCUUCACAUUCUGCGCGCGAGCAUUGAAAGAGCGCUAUUGAACCUCGAUCCCGACUCUGAGCUCGCCAAACAUCUCCGUCAGACCAUGCGUGAGAUCCGACGUCACUCCCUUAACGCCCUGCUCCCACGACAGCCCCAAAAGCCUGCGCAGAGGCCAUCAGCCCGUCCGGAACCGACAUCUCGCCCAGAGCCACCUGUCCACGCCGAACCGCAGAUUGCCCAGAACGAUACGAAAGAAGAUGUUGUCGAGGCUGAGGCUGCACCCCCGCACCAAGACCAACCUCCCCUCGAGACCGUCCUCACAUUCCGCAGCGAAAAACCCCUCCCCAGCAUCGAGAAGCACUCGGACCAAGCCUCAGUCAAGACAGGCACGGCGCCCAUGUCAAUCUUUACAAACGCGCGGGACACAGAACAGAGCGCCACGACAAAGGCUACGAGCCAGAUGAGCGACGCGCCCGAGGAGCAGCAGACACCUGCAAAGGAUAGCAAGAAGCGCGUUGCUGUGGACGAUAACGAUGAGCCUUCGCCUGUGACGAAACGAGUCAAGACGUGGCUUAGCCAACUUACCGGCGGCUAUAUCGAAUGA